ACCGUGGCUUCAUUGUUGAUCAUUCGUGUAAUAAGUGCGCGCGCGUCUUGAGGACAGUAUUUAAAAUGUUUCGACAAACGUUGUUUAUUUCUCUUUUGUUUUUCCUCGUGGUGAAAAUUUCCCAUUCGCAGCGGGAAAAGAAGUUUUUUCGCAAAGACUACAAAUACAUAGAAGCGACUGAGAGCUUUUACAAGAUCCAUACGAUUCACAAAACGUGGCAAGAUGCCAAGGAUGUGUGUGCCAUGGAAGGAGCCACGUUCUUGGUACCCGAGGACCAGGGAGAAGCUAAUGCUGUGCUGGCGUUCUGGAAUGCAACACAACCCUACUCCUGGGUGUACAUUGGAGUGUCCAGCUUAAUUGUGAAGGGUGUCUUCGAGACUGUAGAGGGCCAGCCAAUAUCAGACGUAUACUCCAAUUGGGGCCCCGGGGAACCGAACGAUGCAAACGGCGAGGAAGACUGCGUGAUCAUGCGCAGAGACGGAACCCUCAACGACGUCAAUUGCGUCAACAAGUACCCCUUCGUGUGCAAGAAAACACUCGACUCUUUGGAAUGGAACAUCAAGUGCGACAUGCCUAAUAUGGAUUACGUAUUCAACGAAGCUCUGGGUAAAUGCUACAAGUUUCACCUCGACCCAAGGACGUGGCGUGAAGCGUACGCAGUGUGCAGCGCUGAGUCGUCGUACCUGGCCAUCAUUGACAGCCAAGCUGAGGCUGAUCACCUCGUCAAAAUCACAGCAGAAGCCCCCAAGGACGAUGUCCAGGGCGACUUCUUGCGAGGCGCCGUGCAUUUGGGCUUCCACAAAAGGAAAGACGGAUGGAAGACCAUUAGAGGUACAAAGCUAGAAAACAGUGGUUAUUCAAAAUGGGGCAACCAACAGCCUGACGGGGGUGACAACGAGACCUGCGGAACGAUGUUCUACAACGGCCACUUAAACGACCUAAAGUGCGAUCAUAAGUGCUUCUUCAUUUGUGAACAUGAUGUGGGUAGCCUAAGUAAUUCUUUGGAUUUUAAAUUUGGAGAUGAUGAGUAACUUGUAAAGGGUAGUUGAAUGGAAAGUAAAUGGUCUAUCUGAUAUGCUCAAAAUUACUAUUUAAAUAAGCACAGUAAAUGAAGUGUUGUUUUAAGGUGUGGUUUUUUGGAUGGUGGUCGCUUGACACCACGACCACUUUGGUCAUAGCGUGCUUUGUUUGUUGGACCCGAUAUUAUGACUCGAAUAUGUCUUGUUAAUUUGAGUAAUAAUUGGGUAUUAACCAUCACUCCCCAACCCCAAUAAUCUACUAACAACUUUUUUAAAAGGCACUUCAUUCUGGUCUUAAAAACUUAAUUAAUUUUAAUUGGUUGCAUUGUAAUCCUACAAGGUGGACCGACGACAUCGUAAAGGUAGCAGGGAAGCGCUGGAUGCAGGCCGCUACCAAUCGAUCAACGUGGAAAGCAUUAGGGGAGGCCUAUGUUCAGCAGUGGACGUCCUAUGGCUGACAUGAUGAUGAUGAUGAUGAUUGUAAUUGAAAAAGUAGUUUAAUUGAGUUGGCAAAAUAGUGACGUCACUGGCUAGUAUUGCCAUAAAAAAUCUAUGGGAGAGUCUCAUGUAUACGUCAAUUGAUUGGUGGUGGCAAAUACCCUAUUCAAGUUUACUGUAUGAUGUUAUUGGUAUCUUAGAGGCAUGCUACUGUUCUUACUGUUAAUAUGUAAAUAGUACAUAGGGAGCAUUCAAGUAUUACGUAACGCAAUUUGGGGGGAGGGGGGUCUCGUAAAACGUUACGAUGCGUUACAGGGGCGGGAGGGGGUCUUUCUUACAAGACGUUACGUAACAUUGUUUCUUUUUUUUUCAAUAAAAAUUUAGGGAAUUAAAACUCCCAAAUUGGCAACCCUUUUCGUUUACGUUUUACGGGGAAUCCUUCGUUUGUAUUAUAGUCUGGUCGUCAUUUUUCAUUUGUUUGGCUCGACGAAGACGAAGUUGAUGCAAGUGGCUUGACAAUUCCAGAACCGUCUUCGUCUGCACUCCGGGUGCCAGUGAUGAAAGAAUCUGAGUGGCUAGCAAACUCGUGGACAGAGGAGCGUUAAUUUCAAUCGAAUUGUUUUUAUAGACCUACUUAGAUACUUGGUUAAUAGUUGAUUAUUUUUGAAUUUUGUUAAGAAUACGAUUUUAUUUCGAGUAAAAUGUUUAAUUUCAGUUGGGUUUCUGUUUAUAAUUGCAUUCCCAAAGGUUAAAAUAAACAUGUUAUGUAUUUUAAGAGUUUAUUAGUAAAAAAAGCUAAAAUAGGAUAGGAAUGACGGAGAAAAACAAUUGUGUGUGUGUAAAGCCAAAAAUGUAUAGAAAAAUAAACAAAAUACGCAGGUGUUGCGGAUUAAAAAUCUCUUGUUUUAUUUAGUACUAGCUUUCCGCCCGUGGCUUCACGCGCGUGGUCUACAUUAUCUACAUAUUUUACGGAACCCUAUUAUUUUCCAAAAUAAAAUUUAGCCUAUGUUACUCGUGAAUAAUGUAGCUUUCGAAUGGUGAAAUAAUUUUUAAAAACGGUCCAGUAGUUUUUGAGCCUAUUCAUUACAACCAAACAAACAAACAAACAAAGUUUUCCUCUUUAUAAUAUUAUAUUAUAUAUUAUAUAUUAUAAUAUUAUAUAUAUAGUGUAGAUGAUUACCGCAAAAGCAAUUAAAACUAUACCAAGGACAAAAACUAUAACAUAACUUUUAGCGCCUUUAGGGUAAAAAUGGUCACUUGAGUGUUACCUACGUAACGUUUAGAGAGGGGGUACAGAAAACGUUACGGUGUGUUCCAAGGGGGGGAGGAGUAGUCUAAAAUCUUCAAAAAUUGCGUUACGUAAUUCUUGAAUGCUCCCAACCUACUCACAUACCUACAGUUUGAAAAACUUGGAUGAAACAAUAAACUGACAUAUUUUUUUUUUCAGAAUAAUCUCUAUCUUAUGUAAUAUUUUAAACGAUAAAUGACUAUGUUUUGUCUCGAUAUGUUUUGAAACGUGUUAUUUUUAGGUAUCGCGGCUGCUUAUCCAUAGGUUAUGUUAGUACUCGAUCCCUGGCCUGUACCACUGAUUGUGACUUAAAACUGUAUAAUAUGUACAACUACAAAUUAAAUAAUACUUAUAUGUAAUUAGUAUUAAAUAAUACAAAAUAAAUUGUAUAAAAUCCGAUUUGUAUGAAAAUUAAAAUAAUUAAAAUGAA